AUGCCCAAGAAACUCUCCAAGAACCAGCAAGGCGGUAGCACAACAACGCUCGGCACGCCCUCGACCUCAACGACAAACUCGACCUCCCUCUCGCUCCCGCGGAUCCUCACCGACGACCUGCCCCUGCCAAAGAUCAUCGUCUUCGACCUCGACUACACACUCUGGCCCUUCUGGGUCGACACGCACGUCGCGGGCCCCCUGAAAGCCAACGCGACGCACUCCGCCGCCACCGACCGCCACGGCGAGUCCUUUGCCUUUUACCAGGACGUCCCGCGGAUCCUCUACACCCUGCCGCUGGCGGGGAUCAAGAUCGCCGUCGCGUCGCGCACGUCGGCGCCCGACCUCGCGAAGGACAUGCUGAAGCUGCUGCACGUGCCGCCGCCGAGCGCCGACGAGGGCGGCAGCGGCAAGAAGGAGAAGACAAAGAAGGCGCUCGAGUACUUUGACGGGCCGCUCGAGAUCUACCCGAGCAGCAAGAUUCGGCACUUUGAGGCGAUUUUCCGCAAGACGGGCAUCCCGUUCACCGACAUGCUCUUCUUCGACGACGAGAGCCGGAACCGCGAGACGGAGAGUCUGGGCGUCACCAUGCAGCUGGUGCGCGACGGCGUGACGUGGAACGAAAUCGAAAAGGGCGUGACGGAAUGGCGCAAGAGGAGGGGAUACUCGGGAUAG